AUGCUCAGCAAUGGCGGUGAUGACAUGUUCGCUAAUGAAACAAUGCAAACAAUCGAACAGAUGGAUCUAACACAUAGUGUUUCCGAGAAAGUUGAAAUGAUUUACCAGAUUAUUUUCUUCAUCGUUGGUACACCACUUAAUAUCGUCGCACUCAUUCAAUCCACAAGGCUAUGUCGUCGUUCGAGAGAUGGUGCUGAACGACUCGUAAAAAUGAGUCAACAAUUACUGAUUGCACAUUUGCUCGUCUUAUGUAUUUAUUGUGUUUGGCGAACGCAUUGGUUUUUGAAUAUUGUUUGGACUCAAGGUGAUAUUUUAUGUAAGAUUUAUUCGGUUGUUAGUGCAUUGCCAUUUCAUUUAUGGUCGAAUAUGGUGGCUGCUAUUGGUGUGGAUAUGCUAUGCUGCAUAACUUCUCCGUUGAGCAGUUAUCGUACGAGCUCAACGCGUGUCACAUGGCUAAUCGCAAUUUCAUGGCUUGCUGCGCUGCUUUGCUCCAUUCCAAUGGCCAUUUUCAGAGGUUCCAUUCGAAUUCCUGGUUCUAACUUCGAACAAUGUUAUCCAGUGAUUGAUCGCUACAGUGAGAAGGUGCUGUUCUUGUUUAAUGUUUUCCAUGUGAUCACGACGUUCUAUGUACCGCUCACAAUUGUUAUCGUAUGCUACACUCUAAUCGGGUUCUCACUUCGUCGUCAAAUGAGCAUUCAAAGAAGUGUUCAUGAUGAAAAGAGACAUGCUUUAAUGUGUGCAACACGAAUGCGUUUUGUACGAGCAUCGGUUGCUAUCAUUGCUACCUUCUUACUUACCUGGAUGCCAUAUCAGAUACUCGCACUGCUGCGUGUUCUAUGUGCACAUGGUUCUAAAUGUGAACAAAUUGCGUCCAAGCUGAACUGGCUUCAAGCUGUUAUCAUUGCCAGCACAUGCAUCAAUCCAUUCAUUUAUAAAUUCGGUAAAUGGCGAUCGCAUAAAGAUUCAGUCAGAUAUUGCAGCACUUCAGAACGUGCUGUCGUCAUUAGUGCGUCUAGAAAACGACUUCGGACCGAAGUGAAUUCAUCCGCCUCUAUACCGCUUCUAAUCGUUGACAAUACUUCAUCUCGAAUCACCAAACCAUCCUAG